AUGGUUGGCAUUGAUUUCUUCACGACCUGGCAGCUCUGGCAGCAAAUGACCUUCGUCCUUGCCUGCGCAAUUGUUCUCGUCUUCUUUGCAGGCUUAGGCAAACUGUGGUGGAUUAAUCGGUCGGUCCGGAAACAUGAGUUGCUCGACGAAGAAAAGAAAGAGAGAAUGACAGAGAUACGAAAAACAGGUAUCCCUGUCAAGAAGCGACCAGAAAUUCCGUUUGGUGUGCGAGCUAUCCAAAGUGGUAUUGAGGUGGAUGGCAUCUGGAUUUCCAGACCAGGCACACCAAACUCGCAAACACCUCUUGGAGCAUCAUUGCUUUCCUUGUCCGGGGCUGAAGGAAAGGGUAAAGCGAAGAUCAACUACGACGUGGUUACGACCUCUCCACAGCACAGUCCUUCUUCGAGUAUUUUUGAGACGAGCAUAUCACCGCCUAAAUCGCCUGCUACAGGCCCACAGUCGACUUACAGACCCAAACACGUACCAAGACAAUCAUCAGCUCGAGCGAACGAAGCGCUGAAUGCCGACGCAUUGAGCAAGCCUGACGGUACCACAAUCCCAAAGCCUGCUUUGCAAACCUACAUACCAAGAUCAUCGUUUGCUAUUAUGCCCUCAUCGUCGCAAUCAUCUACAUCAGAACGCACAUCUAGCUCAUCAGAUGAAGCAUACGUCCCAUUACGUCAGCCAAGCGCGCACAUUCACGCCCGGAAAAACAGCUCGUUCCCCGAGCUCAUGGACACUGAGCGGGAGGGAUACUUUAGUACGCCAAAGACUUCCCCAACGGGUUCUCCCGAAAACCCUUUUGCAACACCGGAGGGCGGAAGAACAAGACAAGCAAGUGUUGCGUCGUCAUUCCGACUUCCAACUGGCGUUCAAACUCCGGCUAUGGCACCACCCGCACGCUCCUAUUCUGGUGAAACGCACGUCAACCGAGCAUCAAGGAGGGUAAAUGCUGGCUUCGAGGUUCUUCCGGCUGGUACGUUUGGAGCAGAACUUUCGGCAAACGGUAGCGAGGUCGACUUGGAGAGCGGCGAUACUUCCAAGGUCCAGUCGAGAAGUCGGUCAGUCAUGGACCGGUUGCAUAAGAAAACCACCAAUCGAUGA